UUUUUCUUUUUUUUGGAGGAGGGGGCAUCCCACGCUGAACUGGUUGAAUUGUUCAAUGGGACAGGCCUGCUACAGUGGAUGUGUCUUCAGAAUGAGCUCCUCAAAAUAAACUGGACCUGUUCGCCACCUUUGAUUUCGAAAGCAGCGUGGAGUCAGCCAUGGAAGUGAAGGAACGCCGGCCCUACCGCUCCCUCACCGCCGCUCGGCAGGACACCGAGCGCCGCUACACCAGCUCCUCGGCAGACAGCGAGGAUGGCAAGCCCAACCCCAAGUCCUACAGCUCCAGCGAAACACUCAAGGUCUUCGACCACGACUCCAGGAUGGCGUACGGGAGCCGUGUCAAGGAAAUGGUUCAUCACGAAGUGGACGAGUUCGGUCGGCAAGGAGCGGAGUUUUCCCUCCGAGACCUGGGCUUCGGAGACGGCCUCCCGUCGCACGUGGCCACGUACAGGACCGACCUGGGCCUGCCGCACCGCGACUACUCCGUCAGCGUGGGCUCGGACGCCGACACGGAGAUGGACGGCAUCAUGUCCCCGGAGCACGCCGUGCGGCUAUGGGGCCGCAGCAACACCAAGUCGGGCCGCAGCUCGUGCCUCUCCAGCAGGGCCAACUCCAAUCUGACGCUCACCGACACCGAGCACGAGAACACGGAGAACGGUCCUCCGCUGCAUUGUUCAUCCGCCUCCUCCUCCCCUGUUGAGCAGCUCCCAUACCCUCCCCCUUGCAUUGCAGCCAAUGAGAGCCAGGGAGGGUUGCUAGGUAACUGUGCGGCUCAGCCAGCCCAGGACUCUGACUCUGAGGAUGAGUUUGGCCCCAAUUCAUUCUUAGUUAAAACUGGCUCAGGGAACCUGUAUGCUCCUGCCACUGCGACUGCUGAUGACGGUGUUUUUCAAAAUCACUCCAGGCUGCGGACGCCUCCUCUUCCCCUCUCCCACUCCCACUCGCCCAACCAUCAGCACCAUGCAGCCUCCAUUAACUCCUUGAACAGGGGCAACUACACGCCGCGGAGCAACCCCAGCCCCGCGCCCACGGACAGCUCGGCGCCCCCCGAGGGUCCCGCCAGCGGCCCGGACUCCGGCAGCGCGCAGGACAACUGGCUCCUCAACAGCAACAUCCCUCUGGAAACCAGGAGCCAGAAUACUCUAAUGUUUAUCAGAGAGGAGCAAGACGCUUGCAGAGAAGGGCAGGGCUCGUACAAAACCAGAAACAUAGCAAAGCAGACAUUCCUAGAGACUUUACAGGACAACCUCAUUGAGAUGGACAUUCUGGCAUCGGCGCGCCACGACGACGGGCACUUCCUCUUCAAGCCAGGCGGAACGUCACCGAUGUAUUGCACAACUUCGCCGGGAUACCCCCUGACCUCCAGCACGGUGUACUCGCCUCCCCCGCGGCCUUUGCCCCGAAACACCUUCUCCCGACCUGCCUUCAGCCUGAAGAAGCCCUACAAGCACUGCAACUGGAAAUGUGCUGCCCUCAGUGCCAUCCUCAUCUCAGUCACGCUGCUGCUGCUGCUAGCCUACUUCAUCGCCAUGCACCUUUUCGGAUUAAACUGGCACCUGCAGCCCACGCAGAGACAGAUGUACCAGCUAUCAGAGGACAAUACCAGUGGCCUACCGUUCCCCACAGACCUGAGUUUGCCCCCUCUGGGCAACACGGGCCUGGAAAUACCCGACCGGAGAGGAAAGGACGACAGCAAAUUGGACAGCUUGUUCCCAGAUGACAGCUAUAUAGAUAUGGGCGAGAUUGACGUGGGGCGCAAGGUCGCGCAGCAGAUUCCUCCCGGUGUCUUCUGGAGAUCCCAGGUCUUCAUUGAUCAUCCCAUGUACCUGAAGUUUAAUGUGUCGCUCAGCAAAGAUGCCUUAGUGGGGAUCUACGGAAGGAGAGGCCUUCCUCCGUCACACACACAGUUUGACUUUGUGGAGCUCCUGGACGGGCGGCGGCUCCUGGCUCAAGACGUCCACGGCCUGGAGGGCCCGGCGGCCAUGCAGCGCAGCCUGGUCCCCAUCACCACGCACGACACGGGCUUCAUCCAGUACAUGGACUCCGGAAUCUGGCACCUGGCCAUCUACAACGACGGGAAGGAGACGGAAACGGUCUCCUUCUUCACCACCGCCAUAGAAUCUAUUGACGACUGUCCCAGUAACUGCUUCGGGAACGGUGACUGUGUCGCUGGAACCUGUCAUUGCUUUUUAGGAUUCAAAGGACCUGACUGUGGGCGAGCCGCCUGUCCGGUGCUGUGCAGCGGGAACGGUCAAUACCUUAAAGGUCGCUGCAUGUGCCACAGCGGCUGGAAGGGCUCGGAGUGCGACGUUCCCACCAACCAGUGCAUCGACGUCACCUGCAGCAGCCACGGGACGUGCAUCGUGGGAACCUGCAUCUGCAACCCCGGCUACAAGGGGGAAAACUGCGAAGAAGUGGACUGCCUGGAUCCGACGUGCUCCGGCCGAGGGGUGUGCGUCCAGGGAGAGUGCCACUGCUUUGUGGGGUGGGGCGGGCCUGGAUGCGAGAGUCCCAGGGCCUCCUGCAUGGAUCAGUGCUCUGGACACGGAGCGUUCCUGGCAGACACAGGGACCUGCAGCUGUGAUCCCAACUGGACGGGCCAUGACUGCUCUACAGAGAUUUGUGCAGCGGACUGUGGUGGCCAUGGCAUUUGUGUCUCGGGCACCUGCCGCUGCGACGACGGCUGGAUGGGCGCCGGGUGUGACCAGAGGGCGUGUCACCCACGCUGCAACGAGCACGGCACUUGCAGGGACGGCAAAUGCGAAUGCAGUCCCGGGUGGAACGGCGAGCACUGCACCAUCGCUCACUAUCUGGAUAAGGUAGUGAAAGAGGGCUGCCCCGGCCUGUGCAAUGGAAAUGGUAGGUGCACUCUGGGUAACAAUGGCUGGUACUGUGUGUGCCAGCUGGGCUGGAGGGGCACUGGCUGUGAUACCUCCAUGGAAACCGCCUGCAGUGAUGUCAAGGACAACGAUGGAGAUGGCCUGGUGGACUGCAUGGAUCCAGACUGCUGUCUACAGGCAACCUGUCACACCACCUCUUUGUGUGUGGGCUCCCCGGACCCUCUGGACAUCAUCCAGGAGACACAGAUGUCCACUUCCCAGAGCAACCUGCAGACCUUCUACGAUCGGGUGCGAUUUCUGGUGGGCAGAGACAGCACCCACGUCAUCCCCGGAGCCAACCCCUUCGAUGGCAACCAUGCUUGUGUCAUUCGUGGACAAGUGGUGACCUCCGAUGGAACGCCGCUGGUCGGAGUCAACAUCAGUUUCAUCAACAACCCGUCUUACGGUCACACCGUCACCAGGCAGGACGGAAGCUUCGACCUGGUGACCAACGGGGGCAUCGCCAUCGCCCUGCACUUCGAGCGCGCCCCAUUCAUCACGCAGGAGCACACGCUCUGGCUGCCGUGGGGACGCUUCUUCGUCAUGGACACCAUCGUCAUGCGGCACGAGGAGAACGACAUCCCCAGCUGCGACCUGAGCAGCUUCAGCCGGCCCGUGCCCGUGGUGUCGCCGGCGCCGCUCACCGCCUUCGCCGGCUCCUGCACCGAGAGAGGAACCGUGGUGCCGGAGAUCCAGUCUCUGCAGGAGGAGGUUCCCAUCCCGGGGACGGACAUGAAGCUGGGCUAUUUAAGCAGCAGGACGCCCGGUUACAAAUCAAUCCUGAGGGUGACCCUCACCCACUCCACCAUCCCCUUCAAUCUGAUGAAGGUGCACCUCAUGGUGGCCGUGGAGGGCCGGCUCUUCAGGAAGUGGUUCCCCGCGGCUCCCAACCUGGCCUACGACUUCGUGUGGGACAAGACUGACGUGUACAGCCAGAAGGUCUACGGCCUGUCAGAAGCGUUCAUUUCAGUGGGCUUCGAGUAUGAGUCAUGUCCAGACCUCAUUCUGUGGGAGAAGAGGACGGCUGUUCUGCAAGGCUACGAAACCACGGCCUCCAAACUGGGAGGGUGGACUAUAGACAAGCACCACGCUUUAAAUAUCCAGAGUGGUAUUCUCCACAUGGGCAACGGAGAGAACGUCUUCAUCUCCCAGCAGCCCCCUGUAAUCGGCAGCGUGAUGGGGAACGGGCGCCGGCGCAGCAUCUCCUGCCCCAGCUGUAAUGGCCUCGCCGACGGAAACAAGCUGAUGGCUCCCGUGGCUCUGGCCUGUGGCUCCGACGGAAGUCUGUACGUGGGCGACUUCAACUACGUGAGGAGGAUCUUCACCACGGGGAACGUCACCAGCGUGCUGGAGCUCAGAAAUAAAGACUCCAGGCAUAGCAACAGCCCCGCGCUCAAGUACUACCUGGCCACCAGCCCCGUCAACAACGCCGUCUACCUCUCGGACACCAGCAGCAGGAAGGUGUUCAGGGUCAAGUCCCUCAGCGUCGUGAAGGAUGUGGCCAAGAACCUGGAGCUGGUGGCGGGCACCGGCGACCAGUGUCUGCCGUACGACGACACCCGCUGUGGGGACGGAGGGAAGGCCGCGGAGGCCACGCUCACCAACCCCAGAGGCAUUACCGUGGAUAAGUACGGCGUAAUCUUCUUUGUUGACGGCACCAUGAUCCGCAGGAUUGAUCAGAACGGCAUCAUCUCUACCCUCCUGGGCUUCAAUGACCUGGCAUCCGCCCGACCCCUGAGCUGCGACGCCGUGAUGGACAUCUCUCAGGUGCGCCUGGAGUGGCCCACGGAUCUGGCGGUGAGCCCCAUGGACAACUCCCUGUACGUCCUGGACAACAAUGUCGUCCUUCAGAUCUCAGAGAACCACCAGGUCCGGAUCGUCGCCGGCCGGCCGAUGCACUGCCAGGUGCCCGGCAUCGACCAUUUCCUCAUGAGCAAAGUGGCGGUCCACGCCACCCUGGAGUCUGCGAACGCCCUGGCCGUGUCGCACACGGGCAUUUUGUACAUCGCUGAGUCAGAUGAAAAGAAAAUAAACCGAGUACGGCAGGUGUCCACCAAUGGAGAGAUCUCCCUCGUCGCAGGGGCACCGAGUGGCUGUGACUGCAAGAACGAUGCCAACUGUGAUUGUUACUCUGGAGAUGAGGGCUAUGCCAAGGACGCCAAGCUGAAAGCCCCCUCCUCUUUGGCUGUGUGUCCAGAUGGAGAGCUUUAUAUCGCAGAUCUGGGCAAUAUUCGCAUCCGCUAUGUGCGCAAAAACAAACCCUAUCUCAAUCCGCUCAGCAUGUAUGAGGUGUCCUCUCCCAUUAACGAUGAGCUGUAUCUGUUUGAUUCCAACGGCAGCCACAUUUUCACUCAGAGUCUGACGACGGGAGACCACCUCUACAAUCUAACCUACACGGGGGUGGGAGACCUGAGCAGCAUCACCGACAAGAACAAAAACAUGGUGACAAUAAGGCGAGACACGACAGGAAUGCCUCUGUGGCUGAUGGUCCCCGACGGACAGACGUUCUGGUUCACUAUCGGCACCAACAACGCCCUGAAAACCGUGGCUGCCCAGGGUCAGGAGCUGGCCGUCAUGACCUACCACGGAAGCUCGGGACUGCUGGCGACCAAGACAGAUGAAAACGGAUGGACAACCUUCUUUGAGUAUGACAGCUACGGCCGCCUGACGAACGUCACUUACCCCACGGGCCGAGUGAGCAGCUACCGCACGGACGCAGACAGCUCGGUCCGCAUCCAGACGGAGGGCUCCAACAAGGAGGAUAUCACCGUCACCACCAACCUGUCAGCCUCUGGCACCUUCUACACACUUAUGCAGGAUCAAGUUCGAAACAGCUACUUCAUCGGUCUGGAUGGCUCGCUGCGGCUGGUCCUGGCCAACGGCAUGGAGGUGUCGCUGUACACCGAGCCCCACCUGCUGGCCGGCACCGUCAACCCCACCGUGAGCAAGAGGAACGUCACGCUGGCCAUCGACAACGGCCUCAACCUGGUGGAGUGGCGGCAGAGGAAGGAGCAGGCCCGGGGCCAGGUCACGGUGUACGGGCGCAGGUUACGGGUCCAUAACAGGAAUCUGUUGUCCCUGGACUUCGAUCGGAUCACCCGCACCGAGAAGGUGUACGACGACCACCGGAAGUUCACGCUGCGGAUCCACUACGACCACGCGGGCCGGCCGACGCUGUGGGCGCCCAGCAGCCGCCUCAACGGCGUCAACGUCACGUACUCCCCCGGGGGGCACGUGGCCGGCAUCCAGAGAGGCACCAUGUCCGUCCGGAUGGAGUACGACCAGAACGGCAGGAUCACCUCCCAGAUGUUUGCCGACGGCAAAUCCUGGAGCUACACCUACCUGGAGAAGUCCAUGGUGCUGCUGCUUUCCAGCCAGAGACAGUACAUCUUUGAAUUCGACAAAAACGACCGACUGUACUCUGUGACCAUGCCCAACGUGGCCCGGCAGACCCUGGAGACCUCCCGCUCCAUUGGCUACUACCGGAACACGUACCGCCCCCCCGAAGGCAACGCCUCGGUGCUGCAGGACUACAGCGAGAACGGCCAGCUGCUGCAGACCACCUACCUGGGCACGGGCCGCAGGGUCAUCUACAAAUACGGGAAGCUGGCCAAGCUGCUGGAGAUCCUCUACGACACCACCCGCAUCGGGUUCUCCUACGACGAGGUGGCCGGCAUGCUGAAGACCGUCAACCUGCAGAGCGAGGGCUUCACCUGCACCAUCCGCUACCGGCAGAUCGGCCCCCUGAUCGACAGGCAGAUCUUUAGGUUCAGCGAAGAGGGGAUGGUCAACGCCCGCUUCGACUACGUGUACGACAACAGUUUCCGCGUCACCAGCAUGCAGGCCGUCAUCAAUGAAACGCCGCUGCCCAUCGACCUGUACCGCUACGACGACGUGUCCGGCAAGACGGAGCAGUUUGGGAAGUUUGGAGUCAUCUAUUACGACAUCAAUCAGAUAAUCACCACGGCGGUGAUGACCCACACCAAGCACUUUGACGCCUACGGACGGGUGAAGGAGGUCCAGUACGAGAUCUUCCGCUCGCUCAUGUACUGGAUGAUGGUGCAGUACGACAACAUGGGCCGGGUGGUGGCCAAGGAGCUGAAGGUGGGGCCGUAUGCCAACACCACGCGCUACAUGUACGAGUACGACGCCGACGGCCAGCUCCAGGUGGUCUCCAUCAACGACAAGCCCCUGUGGAGGUACAGCUACGACCUGAACGGCAACCUGCACCUCCUCAGCCCCGGGAACAGCGCGAGGCUCACUCCUCUGCGGUACGACAUGCGCGACCGCAUCACCCGCCUGGGAGACGCCCAGUACAGGAUGGACGAGGACGGCUUCCUCAAGCAGCGGGCCAACGAAUACUUCGAGUACAACUCAGCCGGCCUGCUCGUUAAAGUCUACAACAAGGUGAGCGGCUGGAGCAUCAAGUACCGCUACGACGGGCUGGGCCGGAGGGUGUCGAGCAGGAGCAGCUCGGGCCAUCACCUGCAGUUCUUCUAUGCCGACUUAUCCAGCCCCACUCGGGUCACCCACAUGUACAACCACUCCAGCUCCGAGAUCACGUCGUUGUACUACGACCUGCAGGGACACCUGUUCGCCAUGGAGCUGAGCAGCGGCGACGAGUUCUACGUGGCCUGCGACAACAUCGGAACGCCGCUGGCUGUGUUCAGCGGCUCCGGCCUCAUGAUCAAGCAGAUCCUCCACACGGCGUUCGGGGAGGUUUACCUGGACACCAACCCCAGCUUCCAGCUCAUCAUUGGCUACCAAGGAGGCCUCUACGAGCCGCUCAGCCGGCUGGUCCACAUGGGCAGGCGGGAUUACGACGUCCUGGCGGGCCGCUGGACGACGCCCGACCACGAGAUCUGGAAACGCCUCAACAGCAACCACAUCGUGCCGUUCAACCUCUACAUGUUCAAGAACAACAACCCGCUCAGCAAUAACGAGGAAAUAAAGUGCUACAUGACAGAUGUCAACAGCUGGCUGGUGACCUUCGGCUUCCAGCUGUACAACGUCAUCCCCGGCUACCGCAAGCCGAACACCGAGACCAUGGAGCCGUCCUACGAGCUGGUGCGCACCCAGAUCAAGACGCAGGAGUGGGACAGCACCAAGUCUCUGCUGGGCGUCCAGUGUGAAGUCCAGCGGCAGCUGAAGGCUUUCGUCAAGCUCGAACGCUUCGGCCAGAUCUACAGAGCCAAAAGUGCGGGAUGCCCCCAGACCGAGGACAAGAAGAUCUUCGCCUCGGGCGGCUCCAUCUUCGGCAAGGGGGUGAAGUUCGCCAUCCGAGAGGGACGCAUCAGCACGGACAUCAUCAGCCUGGCCAACGAGGACGGGCGCCGCAUGGCGGCCGUCCUGAACGACGCCGUCUACCUGGAGAACCUGCACUUCACCAUCACCGGGAUGGAUACCCACUACUUCGUCAAGCUGGGCUCGGUGGAGGGCGACCUGGCCCUCAUCGGCAUGACGGUGGGCCGUCGCACGCUGGAGAACGGCGUCAACGUGACGGUGUCCCAGGUCAACGCCGUCCUCAACGGCAGGACUAGGCGCAUCACGGACAUCCAGCUGCAGUAUGGCGCGCUGUGCCUGAACACGCGCUACGGCGGCAGCGUGGACGAGGAGAAGGCCCGGGUGCUGGAGCUGGCCCGGCAGAGAGCCGUGGCCCAGGCCUGGGCCCGGGAGCGCCAGAGACUGAGGGACGGCGAGGAGGGCUCGCGCACCUGGACCGAGGGGGAGAAGCAGCAGCUCCUCGGCUCGGGGAAGGUGCAAGGCUACGACGGAUACUACGUGGUCUCGGUGGACCAGUACCCCGAGCUGGCGGACAGUGUCAACAACAUCCACUUCAUGAGACAGAGCGAAAUGGGCCGAAGGUGACAUGAACACGAGGCUCUGCGCUGACAGACUCACAUGUGGGACACGGGACUUCUUGCCAAAGACAGUUGUGUACAUGACCACUUUUUGUUUUUGUUUGUUUUUCCUUUUGACUGUGCUCAGCUUAGUUUUUAAAUAUACUGUAAAGAGGAAAAAAACAAAGCGAGAGAAAACAGAAAGGUUGCAAUCAGUUGCACUGUAUUCAUAGACGAGUGCCCUUCUCCUUUUGAAGAUUCUUUAACAGUCUUUGCCCUCCAAGUGCGACUGCUAGAGGAUGGAAAUCUGCGAUGUCUUUGACUCAUUUUUGUGACUCCAUUUCCUCAUCCCUGUUGGUGAUUCUGUUCAAAGGAAUCCAAGAGGAGUAUCGGUAAUGCAUUAUGUUCACUGGCUAACUCUGCUGCCAGACUUGCAGAUUGUUAUUCACAAGCUCGCUUCAUUCUGCCUUUUUCUGCGCCUCAGCCAAGGAGAUUCCUUCUCUUUUAAUCACUUCUUUUUUAUACUUGAAACCCUCAUAGCCCCAGUCAUCCAUAAAUAAUGAGAGAGAUUUCUGUUGGCGGUAGCCCCCUUCAUCAAAACCCCAGCUGAACUUGUCAAAGCACCUUCAUUUGUGUGAUGUCUUGUAUUUUUCUUGACGAGGAGGCUUGAUGCUCAUUUGUGGUCUGAGCUUGGAAGGCUUCAGUGCACCCUGACUGUGCAUGUCGGCCUUUCCUCAUCAACCACCAAAUUAGCAAAACUGCUUAAUUAAGCUUAAAUUUGAGGGGGGUGAAGCCAACCGAGGGAUUUGAGGUCACUUCUUUUAUUAG